CAAGAAGUCUAAUCUCUGGCAAAUGUGCGCGCACACGCCGUUGCCUUUCCCAGUUGUUGCUGGGGGCUUUGCAAUAGGACACAGCCCCAGCUCCUUGUCGUGCUGCAGCCUGUGUGCCUUGGGAAGAGGAGGAAGAGGCAGCUGCUGGAAGGAGGCAUUGCAGGACAGGAGAGGAGCGGGCGGCUGGCCCCGCCGCAGGGCAGAAGGGGCGGGGAGGCGGAGGCUGGCACUGGGAGCAGCGCGUACCUGGAGCACGGAGGAGGCUGUGGAGAGGAGGGGACAGCGGGAUGAGGAGCGCUCCACCGCCUGUCCUCGCCUCCGCCCGUCUUCGCGUGGGCUAGAGAAAUUCGGGGGCAUGUUCUGCUCUCUUAUUUCUCUCCCUUCUUCUUCCCCUUUCUGAAGAGAAGAAUCAAGGAGGAGAGAUGGGGAGAGGAACAAGAAAGUGAAAUCCUAAGAUUCUGCUGGGAGCUUUGAUCCCUUUCCUCGCAUCCCUUUCCCUGCAUAGAAAUGGAAAAGGCACCCCGCUCCCUCCGGUGCGGAGCGGCUAGCGUGGGAAAGCAGAGCCUGGCAGCUGAACGAGAAUGUGAUGCUUGAAGAACCUUCUGCUCACUUUGUACAUGAGGGAUGGAAAUCUCCAAAAUACUCGGGCUCCUGGUAGAGCUCUCAAGUCUGCUAUCCUGUCUCAGAUGCGUGGAGGCUUUCCUGGGAUCCAAGCCCAGCGAAAACCAUUUGCAGAGUACAGCGCCCAGCGUGUGUGCUGUGGGACCUCUCGGGUACUACAAUGGCUCGCUGGCGGUCACCGAGGCCGGGGCAGAGUGUCUCAACUGGGCAGAGUUCCCUGAUUAUGUUCAGCAGUACCCAGACCGUGGCCUGGGGGACCACAACUACUGCAGGAACCCCGACGGGGGAACGACGCCCUGGUGCUUCUACCGGCUUGUGUCAGGGGCCAUUGGCUGGGCCAACUGUGACUGUAACCAAGGUGCUGUGCGGUUGGCUGAAGACAGUAGUGUGGAGCUGUACUUCAGUGGACUCUGGGGUACCAUUUGUGCUGACCACUGGACUGACUGGGAUGCCAGUGUUGUCUGCAGGCAACUAGGUCUCAGUGAGAUCGGCACAGCUGGGAAAAAGAGUCAUCCUGGACCAUGGCCUGUUCCCCUGCACCUGCAGUCAGCAAACUGCCAUGGAGAUGAGGAAGCCCUGCUGCAGUGUGCCUAUCAGGAAGCUGUGUCAGGAGCUUGUAACCAGGGGAGUGCUGUGGUAACCUGUGUUCCUCCAGAAGGAAGCACAGGUGUAGGUGCCCCACUGCGUAUAGUUGGGGGGAAGGAGAGCUUUGAAGGGCGAGUGGAGGUUUACCAUGAUGGCAAGUGGGGAACCAUCUGUGACGACCAGUGGGAUGACCGGGAUGCUGAAGUAGUCUGUAGACAGCUGGGACUCAGUGGGACCCCAAAAGCCUUGUCAUGGGCUCACUAUGGGCAGGGAUCUGGCCCAAUCCUGCUGGAUGAAGUGCAGUGCUCAGGGAAUGAACUCUCCCUUGAUCAGUGCAAGAAGAGCGACUGGGGACAGCAAAACUGUGACCACAUUGAAGACGCUGGGGUCUCCUGUGACCCUUUCACAGAGGGCACUGUCCGGCUGGCUGGCGGCCGCAGCCCUGGCGAAGGCAGGGUGGAAGUUUAUUACAAUGGAGACUGGGGCACAGUGUGCGAUGAUGGCUGGACAGACCUCGGUGCCCAGGUGGUCUGCAGGCAGCUGGGCUUCAGUGGUCCUGCUUUCCUGGCCUCUGAAGGGGAUUAUGCUGCUGGCCAAGGCUUCAUCUUACUGGAUGACGUGGCAUGUGUGGGGACAGAGCUGUCCCUCCUGGACUGUCCCCACAGCAACUGGGGGCAGCAUGACUGCUCCCAUGCUGAGGACCUGGGAGUCCGCUGUUCCCCAGAAAGCAACACGGUCAUGGAUGGCAGUCUGGGGCCUCCCAUGCGGCUGGUGGAUGGAGAAAGCACCAAGGAGGGCCGGGUUGAGGUAUUGCUGAAUGGGCAGUGGGGCAGUGUCUGUGAUGAUGACUGGACAGACAGAGAUGCCGCAGUGGUUUGCAGGCAACUGGGAUUCAGCCACCCUCUCUCUAAUUGCAGUGGUACAGCAAAAGCCAGGGCAAUGGCUUAUUUUGGUGAAGGCCAUGGGCCCAUCCAUCUGGACAACGUAGAAUGCAGUGGCAUGGAGCACAACCUGGAGCAAUGUGCCAGGCCUGACACGAGGAUUCGCAGCUGCUGGCACAGUGAGGAUGCUGGGGUGAUCUGUGACUAUAUGGAAGACAAGGUCCAAGAUACCAGGAGAACAGGUCCAGAGUCUGGUGUGUGUGGGAUGCGCCUGCUUCACCAUCGCAAGAAAAGGAUCAUAGGUGGAAACAAGUCUCUGAGAGGCAGUUGGCCAUGGCAGGCCUCACUGCGGCUGAAGGGUUUUCGUCGAGAUACUCGUCUGCUGUGUGGAGCAACACUGAUCAGCAGCUGCUGGGUGGUGACUGCAGCCCACUGCUUCAAAAGGUUUGGUGUUGAUGUGCGGCGCUACCUCCUGCGGGUGGGCGAUUACCACACAGGCGUGAAGGAUGAGUUUGAGAGGGAGCUGCCCGUGGAGCGGAUUGUCCUCCACAGGAACUACUGGGCUGGCAGCAAUGAUAAUGACAUAGCCCUGGUCCGGAUGCGGGGCAGAGAAGGGCACUGUCUCUCCUUCAAUCACCAUGUUCUGCCCGUCUGCCUGCCCGACAGGAGAGAGAGGUCUGACAUCAACAGGCAAGCCUGCAUCAUCUCCGGCUGGGGAGACACAGGAAAGUCCUAUUCAAGAACCCUGCUGCAGGGGGUGGUGCCCCUUCUCCCACGGGAAGACUGUGAGGCCCGUUAUGGGCGGAAGUUCACCAACCGCAUGAUUUGUGCUGGGAACCUCUCUGAAGAUAAACGGGUGGACAGCUGUCAGGGUGACAGUGGAGGGCCACUCAUGUGUCAGAGAUCAAAUGGACGCUGGAUCAUUUUGGGCAUCACUUCCUGGGGGUAUGGCUGUGGUCGGAAAGAUUCACCUGGUGUAUACACAAAGGUCAGCAAAUUCGUACCCUGGAUCAAGAAAGUGACCAAGCUAAAAUGAAAAUGACUGAACUCUAGGAAUUUCAGCAUAUGGUCCUUUUGCCCUGCAGCAGCAGAAGGCUGAGGCUUGUGGUCUGUGACUGAUGGAGAUUCAUUUUGUCAUUGGACACUGGCAAAAGACUUUAAUGUAGAACUGAAAGGAAAAGAGUUAUGACUGAUUCUUUAAAGUCUUUGGUUUCGCUUUAGUCUGUAAUCCGUAAGCAGAGAAAGCAGGUGCACAGUGGUAACACUGAUAAGUAUGCAUUGCUCUAAAUAUCUGAAUCCUGUAAUGCAAUCAAACUUAUUCCUUUGCCCUGGCACACAGAAAUGGUAGAAGUAGAGAGAGACCUACUGCUGCAAAUCUAUUCCUGGUUGUAUGUUUGGACAGCUGGAACAUGCUGCAAGGAGAGGUGAGAUGCUUGGAAUAUGGCCCCAGGUGCUGGCAUAGUGGAAAUCUUCAGAUAUUUUUUCGUAACAGCUCUCUUCAAUUCCAGGAAUCAGAAGAUUUGACCUGAGUUGAGGAACAGGCCAAGAGUUGGGUUUUUUAGCUUCCCUGUUAUGUCUCUAGGGGGAACCUUUUCUCUUCUGAAUAGUAGGUCUGCUUCCAUACGAUCCCUUUCAAGUGUCUGCCUGUACUGAGAGAUGCUUGUCCCCCCUGCUGUAAUCCUCUGUCACACACUUCCAGCUGCCAGAUGCUAUGGUUUCAUUGCUGCUUUUUUGCUAUAGUAGUUUGUGUGUGUGGUUGGGCUUUUUUUGUUUCCUUAAAAUAACGUCUUCUAGAAUCAGUUGUUGGUGUGAGAGGCAGUAGCUUUCUUGCCGCCAAGAUUACUAACAAGAACUUAAAAAUGUGACCUCAAGUGGCUGAAUAGACAUGUUAUUUUUCUUUAAAUCCAAAUGUAAUGUUAAUAUCAAACAUUCAGGUGUUGAAUCGUGAUUUAACAGCACUGUGGUGACUUCCUAUUGGCCCUUUAUUCAUCAUAGUUAUUAGCUGCCCUUUGUUUGUGCUGCUAGUCUUUAAUAUCUCUGUGUUCAGAGUUUUCCAUGAAACAUGGAAUCACUCCUGGGGCAUAGAUACACCUCAAGCAAAUUACUCAUUCCUUGUGAAAAACAGUAAGUGUCCUGCAAAGCAGCUUCCCGUUUUCCUGAAGUGUGUCCUAUUCUUGAAACCUCUGGGCUAUGCCUCCUUUUUUGUCUUCUUUGUGCUGUUUCUCUUUUCAUUCCUCUCAGUGAGAGUAAACUGGCUUAACUUGAGGGUAUGCAAGCACUGUCAUCAAGCUGUAGUUCUCAGCCUGGACAGAUAUAAUGCUGAGACAAAGCAAGGUUUAUUGAAUACUACAAUUUCUUCCUUCUGUCUCCUCCAAACAAAUGAAUUGUGUUCCCUCUUAUGCCUUAAGCACUUUUUAAAGUUAAUUUUUUAUUCUUGAGUAGGUAAAAAAAUGUAAGUAGACAGAAGGGCUAAGUGCCUUAACGGUUGUGCAGUGCAGCUUCUUCUCACUGUGUGCAGAUAAGGCAGAGAGAAGAAAGGUCUGUGCAGGAGCAAAAAGCUUUGAUGUAUAACCAAGGGCUCGAAUGUGGAGGAUUAAUACAGGAUGGGACACAUAGAACUUGUGCUAGAUGUGCAUAUUUUGGGUAGGCAGAGUCUGGAAGGUCUGCACUCAGGGCAUUGAGAUGUUCAGUAUCUGCGUAUUACCAAUGCAAGAACAAAAGGCAGAGCACAGUGUGUGGAUUAGCAAUGUCAUAUUGCAUGUGGUGAUGUGUGUGACAGAGUUCUAGAAAUUGCCUUGGGUUCAAGAAGUAAUGAUUGCCCAAACCUUUAAUUUGUCUUCUAUAAAAUAGCUUAAUGUAAAGGUGCUGACCUGACUAGGUGGCUGAUUUUUGUGUGUGAAGGCUAAACUAAACAGUUUCACUUACCCUUUCCAGGUGUUAUAGGACAGCUGGGCUACCAGUGUUGCAAUGGACUGUUUUAAAAUUCUGCUUGCAAACUUUAUUUUAACAAAGAAUUGUCAGCAUCUUUAAAAUAUGCAAUGUCAGGACUCCUGCAAACUGGCCUUUGAGACAAACCUGAUCCAUUUGUGCCUCUUCUUGAGGUGCUGAAUGUCUUCAGCGCAGGUUUGUGCUGAUAACCCUGUUUAAAAUGCCAGACUGAUCCCUUGGCAGCACUGUGCUUGGCUCCACACUGGCUGUGUUGUCCUAUGGCUGCUGGCAGAGUCUCUAAAAUGCAAGCUGCAGACUGCUCCUUAUCUCCCAGGAAUUAAAAUGCCAAGAAGACCGAGGGCAAUUAUGUCACAGACCUCUCAUCUUGUGGGGGAUUAAAUGCCAAGUUCUACACUGGCAGGAGCAGUACCUGUCUGGGAAACAUGGAGGGAUUUGGCUUUCACCUUCAACCUCCCCUGAGCCAGCAUGCUACAGCAGCUCAAAUGCUGUGCCUUAGGUGCUAUCAUAUCUCUAGUUUAACCUGGUUUGAUCUUUCAGUUUAUACCCAUAACCCCAACAGGCAUAGGAACACCCAAAGGAUGACACUGUGAGGUUAUUUCCCUAAACCUACUUAGCAGGUGACCAUUCAGGAGUUAGCAUCAAUUACCAUGUAACACAAGUGAGAUGCAGGCCUGGCAUUGUCUUCUGAAAUUCCCAUGUUCUAUUUAAAAAUAUUUCUUUCUCUUAGAUCUUAUCACUAUGAAGGCUGUGAGAACUCUUGUAAUUACCACCCUGCAAGUCCUGCAUGAGCCGGGAGGAGGGAAGGAAGUAUCCAAUCUCCUUUGCCUGGUUUUAUACCUUACUGGCGCUGUAGGCAAGCCUGUCAAUACUUUCCUACAUUAACCUGGCCUGUUGCUCUUCACUGUUUAACCUGGGACUGUGGCCCAAACCAAACUCAUAUGCUUUGCCACUGAGGCUUACUGGAACUGCCUGGUUGGAUGAACAACACUCAAUCACCCUAGAACUGUAUUUUAUAAUGUUGGACAGCAGCAGACGUUUCAAAAGAUAGUAUGUGUGAGUUGUACUGAGCAAGUUUUAACAACAUUCCUUUUGGGGAAUUUUGUUCUUGCCCAUUUAAAUUAAUUACUUGCAUUACUAUUAUCAUCAUUAAAAAUGGAAGUACAAAUACUUGGUCCUCUAGGUGUUGUACAAACACUGUGCACUAUCCUUUUUUCUUUUUUUUUUUCCCUAAAGUAUAAGAGUUUAUAUCUCUAACUUUAAUGUAACCAGCCUUCAUCUUCCAUAUAAAUGUUUAAAUUUCUUGGUUUUAGUCCAACUAAGCUCUCAAUCUCAGUAUUUUCUGGCAAUGAAAACCAUUAUAAUUUUAUUCUCCAUAGCACAUGAUUUCUUUUUAUGGUUCCUGAAUUAAUUGCCUUUUGUUUUCAUUGAGUACCAUCUGUCCUUGCGUUCUCAGCCACGAGAGGAAAUAAGGGGCCUGGCUUUAUAUUCUCUGUUAUGCAUUAUUCUAGAGAUAGUUCCUUUUCUAAGACUGUGGCUUCUCUGUCUCUCUUCAACCCAGACUGUCUAGGUGUCUGAUAACAUGCUGACUAUCUCUGUGUCUUCUCCUUCUGAUGGAUCUUUAAACUUUCGUAAACAACUGAAUGCAAUAUGCCAGGGGAGGCUGUAUCCCCUGCUGAUUAUUUGACUACAAUUUUCUAUAGUAGGGAAUUCUGUAAGUGAUUUCAGUGCUGUACACUGGAGCUAGUUUUAAACUUGCUAGUGUGGUCCUGGUGGCAGCCUUGCUACAGGGGGAUGAAAACCCACUGAGGUUAGUUCCCCCUGUGUCUCAGGUAGGUGCACCAGUCCCACUGAGCUCACAGCAAUUGCUGUAGGUCUGUCUGGGGAGCUCUGGGCAGGAAGCACCUGGAGAGCUGUGUAGAGCUCUGCCUGUGCUGACACAUGUGAAGGGCUGAGACAAUCCACCUUCACAGCAUUAGUUCAUUGGAUAAGGCUAAUGCAUGUACACUGCUUCCAGGAGCUGAGAGCUCAGCUCGGUGGCUGCACUGUGCCAGGUAGAUGCUCUGAGAGAACUUUCCAUAGCAGAGUGGCACAUCAUGGUUGUGUGAGAAAGGGAACAUCCCUACGACUGGCUAGAAGCAUUCACAGCAGUAGAGACAUGGCUAUGGUAAGCAUCUAAGGAGCAGCUCUUAGUGCUGCAGGUAUCCCUCUUUGAGAGAAUGCCCUAGUGCUCCAAAAGCUGCCCCUGUACUGGAGUCUUCCUGACCUGCAGUGGUACUAUAUUGAACCUCUCCACACUUUGGCCAGCUGAAGCUGAAUUAAAGAUUUAUCACUUUCUUGUGGCUGAACCCUGUUCUGAUGAUUUCUAUGAAUUAUGUUCUAGGCUAUAAUUAAUCAGGCAGCUGUUAAUUAACCUGGACAGGAUGCCGAUCAUCCUUAUAAUCCCUGUAAACUUGUAGCAGAAAAUAACAGAUCUGUUUCUCAAAGGUAUUAGUGGAGGUAAGGAACCAGGAAAGUGGGUAUUUGCUAUGUCGGGGUAACAGAGGUAGGUCUGCCUUUUGUCUGUCUUCCUUUUUUCCUGAAGCCUAUAUGCUGAAGUGUCUUCACCCCAAAAGAGCUGCAGUGAUCCAUCGACCACUUGAAGACAGAUUUUUAUGUGUAUAUUCAGCAAUCAGAUGAAAGCUUUUGAGAGAUGAACUACACUGUGGUAUUUAACACUAUCUUGAUAGACUCACUGGGAGUUUCUUGCAGCUAGAGGGAACAGAAUCUGGUGGUAACCAAGUUGGGACUGCUCCUUGCAGAACAAGGCACUGUGAGCUGGACCAAUGCACAUCUCCCGGGCUGCAUUUUCACUUGUUUGGAAAAAUACUUAAUUUUCCACAUCAAAAACUUGUUUGUGUAGUAGCCUACCCAAGUCCUAUUAAAAUCCCUUUCUACUAAGGGCUGAGUACCUCUGAAAUCAGUCAAGUGCCAAAGCUGUCGUGUCCCCUGGAUCAACACCAAUGGCUCACAAGGUAUGUUAAUAAACGGAUUAUACUGUGA